AUGCCUCGGGGUCAGAAAAGUAAGCUCCGUGCCCGUGAGAAACGCCGCCAGGCUCAAGAGGACCCCAACGAAGUGGAAGGUACUCAAGUCACUGUAGCAGAGGAAGAAGGGUCCCUCGCUUCAUCUCCUCAUUUCAAAGAUAGUCCUGAGAGGUCAUCUGCUGUUGAAACACCCAGCAAUGAGCAAGAGCCUGAGGGAGCUCUAGCCACCACCGCUGCUGCAGCUGCUUCAUGCACAGCAUCUAAUGAAGGCGAUGGCAGCCAGGCUGAGGAAAGGUCAAAUGCCUCAGAGGCCGAGGAUACCACUGAGCAGUGGCCCGGAGGCCCUCUAGAUAAGAAGGUUGCUAUGUUGGUGCAUUACCUGCUAUACAAGUAUCAAAUCAAAGAGCCUGUUACAAAGGCAGAUAUGCUGAAAAAUGCAGUCCAGAUGCAGAAGAGCCACUUCCCUGAAAUCCUGAGGAGAGCUUCUGAUCAUCUGGAGUUGGUCUUUGGCCUUGAUGUGAAAGAAGUGGAUCCUAACAAGAGCCUCUAUGUCCUUGUCAACAAAUUAGAAUUAGGCCAUGAUGCAAGAGUGAGUCUUAACAGAAGUUUGCCCAAGACCGGCCUGCUGAUGACCGUCCUGGCUGUGAUCUUCAGCCAGGGGAAUUCUGCCCCUGAGGAGGAAAUCUGGAAGGUGCUAAAUAUGAUGGGGGUAUAUGACGGGGAGAAGCACUUCAUCUAUGGAGAGCCCAGGAAUCUCCUCACCAAAUAUUUAGUGGAAGAGCAGUACCUGGAGUACCGGGAAGUGCCCAACAGCGAUCCUCCAAGCUAUGAAUUCCUGUGGGGUCCACGAGCCUAUGCUGAAACCAGCAAGAUGAAAGUCCUAAAAUUUUUGGCCAAGAUCCAUGAUACCGUGCCCAGUGCCUUCCCAGCCCAUUAUGAAGAGGCUUUGAAAGAUGAGGAAGAGAGAUCCCAAGCCAGAAUUGCAGCCAGGGCCCGUACUGCCGCCAGGGCCAGUGCGCGUUCCAAGGCCACGUCCAGCAACCCUGCCUGCCCCAAGUGA